AUGAGUCAAUCACUGUCUGUACCUCCAUUUUUUGACGGAAGUAAUUAUGCAUAUUGGAAGGUUAGAAUGCGUGCGUUCCUUAAGUCCUUAGAUGAGCAUGUUUGGAUUAGCGUUCAAAAUGGUUGGAAACCUCCAUCUACUACCGUAUCAGGAACAAUUAACCUUACUGACAUAUCACUAUGGACUAAAGAUGAAUUAGCUGCAUGUAAUUGGAAUAGUAAGGGAAUUCAUGCAUUAUUGAUGGCUCUAUCUCCAGAAGAGUUUAGGAGAGUGUCUAUGUGUGAAGCUGCUAAAGAGAUUUGGGACAUUCUCAAAACUACACAUGAGGGAACUAAGAUAGUAAAGAACUCAAAAUUGCAAAUGCUAGCCUCUAGGUUUGAAGAAGUGAGGAUGAAAGAUGAUGAAACCUUUGAUGAGUUUUACGCUAAACUAAAUGAUAUAGUUAACUCUAGUUUCAACCUAGGUGAGAGAAUUUCCGAGACUAAGAUUGUGAGAAAAGUACUUAGAUCUCUGCCUGAGGGAUUUAGGCCUAAAGUCACUGCCAUUGAGGAAAGUAAGGACCUAGAUGAAGUUAAGAUCGAAGAAUUGGUAGGAUCCUUGCAAACCUAUGAACUCACUAUCUCACAACAUAAGAAAGGAAAGUCCAUAGCCCUAAAAUCCAUUAAAGAAGAUGAAUCUUCUGAUACUGAGAGAAAGCCUCAGGAUAGAAAGAGUGGAGCCCCUAGCAGAUUCACAAAAGAUAAAAUUGAGAAAGUUAACAAUAAAGGGUCAAGUGAGAAGCCACGUUUGAUUAGAUGUCAUGAGUGUCAAGGAAUAGGUCACUAUAGGAAUGAUUGUCCUAGCUAUAAGAAAAAUCAAAGAAAAGGGAAAGAUAGGGCCUUAGUUGUCUCACUUACUGAUAAUGAAUCUGAGACCAGUGAUAGGCAAAAAUCCUCUAGUAGUGAUGAUGAAGGAAAUUAUAUGGCAUUUGUGGCUACUGUUAAGAGUGAAUCUGAUAAGGAAAGUGACAAGGUUGAGGAAGAACAUUCAAACGAUAAUUCUGGUAAUGAGGAUAAGGAUGACAUAGACUUACAAGAAGCUUAUCAACUGUUGUUUAAGGAGAGUCUUAAAAUAAAGAAGGUCAAUAAAGCCCUACUUAAAAAGGUUGACGAACUUGAAAGGGAAAAAAAGAAACUGGGUAGUAAGCUUCAGGAUUCACUUAAGAGUGGUAGUGAGUUAAAUGGAACUAAUAAAUUGGAUAACCUGUUGGGAAUGAAUAAGCCAGUGGGAGAUAAGAGAGGUCUAGGAUAUGUUGAGGGUAAUACACAUGUUGCUGGACCAUCUAAGACUGUCUUUGUGUCUGCCUCUAAGUCUAAUGCUGUUAGGAGUCCAAGUAAGGGUAAGAGUGUUCCUAGGGAACAGAGUCAUCAAUCACGUAGGAACAUCAGGACUAGGUACCCACAGACACAUACCUUUGAGCCUAGGUUCAUUCCUACCUGUCACCACUGUGGAGCUCUAGGAAACACUAGGCCUAGAUGUUAUAAGUUAGGCAAUGAGCGUAGAAAUCAAAACAUUCCUAGUCAGGUUAGCUUUCUGUCUAAUCAAGUUAGUCAUUUGACUGAGAUGCUUACUAAGCUAACUAAGAGUACUUUGUCAUCUAAAAAGGUUUGGGUCAAAAAGGGUGAUCUAGGAAGACUUUCAAGUCAAGAAAACUGUUUUGUUGCUCAUGUUGCUUUAAAAGCUCAAAAUUCUAAUAUGUGGUACCUGGAUAGUGCAUGUUCUAGGCAUAUGUGUGGUAAUAAAGCUCUAUUCACUACCCUUGAUGAAUGUAAUGGUGGUUUAAAGUCAAAUUUGUUAAGUAUUAGUCAGAUUUGUGAUGACGACUUUGAGGUUAGUUUUGUGCAGAAGAGAUGUACCAUGCAUGAUUCAUCUGGUGGGGUAGUCUUUGAAGGGGUUAGAACAUCUGACAAUUGUUAUGGGGUAUUACCUAAUUCUAACUAUGUGUGUAGGAGUGCUAAAAUUGAUGUGAGUGAGCUCUGGCACAAAAGAUUAGGUCAUUUGAAAUAUAAGAGUCUAGAGUAG